AUGAACGUGACAGAGGAAAGAAAGGGGGAGAAGUAUGACGGCAGAAAAGCAGACGUGUGGAGCUGUGGGGUCAUCCUCUUUGCCCUAUUGGUGGGUGCCCUUCCAUUUGAUGAUGACAAUCUGAGGAACCUGCUGGAGAAGGUGAAGCUAGGAGUGUUCCAUAUGCCCCACUUCAUACCCCCAGACUGUCAGAACCUCCUCCGGGGCAUGAUCGAGGUAGACGCCACCAAACGGCUAACGUUAGAACAGAUUCAGAAGCACAACUGGUACAUAGGUGGUAAGAAUGAACCCGAACCAGAGCAGCCUGUUCCCAGGAAGGUGGCUAUACGGAGCCUGCCCUCUACAGAUGACAUAGAUCCGGAUGUACUGGACAGCAUGCAUUCUCUGGGCUGCUUCAGAGACAAGAACAAACUGAUGAAGGACCUUCUCUCGGAAGAAGAUAACCAGGAGAAGAUGAUCUACUUCCUGCUGUUGGACCGUAAGGAGAGGUACCCCAGCCACGAGGACCAGAACCUGCCCCCACGCAACGAGAUUGACCCCCCCAGGAAGCGUGUGGACUCCCCCAUGCUGAACCGCCAUGGCAAAAAGAGACCGGAGAGGAAGUCUAUGGAGGUGCUGAGUGUCACAGACGGAGGCUCCCCCGUACCCGCCAGGAGGGCCAUCGACAUGACACAGCACGGACAGAGGUCAAGGUCCAUAAGUGGAGCAUCUUCCGGUCUCUCCACUAGCCCUCUCAGCAGCCCACGGGUAAGUUACCCCUCACCCAUCCCCCGGGGCAGCCCCCUCCCCACCCCCAAGGGCACCCCUGUGCACACACCCAAGGAGAGCCCGGCGGGCACGCCCAACCCCACGCCGCCCCCCAGCCCAUCUAUCGGCGGUAUGCCCUGGAGGACACGCCUCAACUCCAUCAAGAACAGCUUCCUGGGCUCGCCGCGCUUUCACCGCAGGAAACUACAAGUUCCCACACAAGAAGAGAUGUCCAGCCUCACACCAGAGUCUUCCCCAGAGAAAUACAAAGGCAGCAUCUCACCAGACUCAUCCCCAGAACUUGCCAAAAAAUCCUGGUUUGGUAACUUCAUCAACCUGGAUAAAGAGGAGCAGAUCUUCAUCUUGAUCAAAGACAAGCCUCUGAGCUCCAUCAAGGCUGACAUCGUCCAUGCCUUUCUUUCGAUCCCUAGUCUCAGCCACAGUGUGAUCAGCCAGACGAGUUUCCGGGCAGAGUACAAGUCCACAGCCGGCCCCACGGUCUUCCAGAAGCCAGUCAAGUUCCAGGUGGACAUCACCUACACAGAGAGCACCACCGCCCCCAAGGAGAACGGCAUCUACUCUGUCACCUUUACCCUGCUCUCAGGACCCAGCCGGCGCUUCAAGCGGGUGGUAGAGACAAUUCAGGGCCAGUUGCUAAGCACACAUGACCAGCCGGAAGUUCAGCAGCUUUCUGAGGAGAAGAACGGCCAGGUGCCUCACCACCAACCCCCCGCUACCCCAACCACCCGACAUUGCUCCUCUUCCAUGCGAGAAGAUACAAAAUGUCCACCCGCCACGGGCCGAGACAGAGUCAGGAUGGCGUCCAUUGGGACACUGGAGGAAUCCUAGACCAGGAAACUAGUAGCAGUAGAGCCAAAAUGUUAGUUAGAGCUAAGAUGAAGCAUUAAAGAUCCAAACCCGAGUAUCACUUUACCCAUUCUUAUAAGGGGUUUUGGAAAAGUGGUCAGAGACUUGACAAUGAAAAAGCUAGCAGUACUGUAACUGAACAUACCCUCUUUGGACUCAAAUAUACUUUUUGUAUGAAAGAAUGACUGUAUAGAGAAUUUGAAUCAAACAGAUAUUUUACCAAACCUACAAUCUCCCCUCAUCUUAACACACACACACACACACACACACACACACACACACACACACACACACAAUCACCCCAUCUAAGCGUCCGUGCCAUUUUGUGUGCUCUCCCUCCCCCACUCUUUUGAUCACAUAUUGGCACUGUUCCAAAUAUAAAUACAUCCUUGAAGUAAUCACAGAUCUGAAUAGGUUAGAUUGGUGAAAGUAGUAGGGUGGUAACCUUGCUUACAUCUAUCCAAUCACUGUGCUUACCUCAAGGAAACGAGGAAGUAAGGAUCCAUUUCUUUAUUAGUACAGGGCCAUUGUGUUUUCUCUCUCCUCUGCUCACCUGUGUGAUGACUUGACUUGUUUCUACUACCAGGAAUUAUCCAGAAAACCUAUUAGAUCCUCCUCCUGCCUCCCUGCUCCACUCCGCCUAUCCUCUUCCUCCUUGGCCAUCACUUCAACCCCACCGUCUGCACACCAAGAGAUGGACAUUUGUUGACUGAGUUGGGGACCGCUUUUCAAGGGGCCUUCUUCGCUACCCCGAGUAGCAGUCCCCGAGGGAGAAAACAGCAAUCCAUAUCCCUCUGAUACACAAGCAUGUUUUACACAUACAAAUGCACGCACACACACACACACACACACCUUUCACCUUUCACCUUGAGAUGAUUUAAGUAUUUAACACCCAAACACACAAUCUCAUUACACAAAUAAAUACACGCUCCCCUUCUAACACUAUUGCACAGUAUUUAUAGACAAACUCUGGGAUGUAAUAACAAGAACAAAGAACAAAAAAAUUGACAGAACAAUGAAGUGACCAAAAGGAGAAGCGAAGGAGGAUAAGUCUGUUGAUCUACUGUAGUAUCAACAUCCGACGCGGACGCUUGCUGGAUUGUAUCGUUUCUCUUUUUAAUGUACUUCCUCUUUCUUCGUGAAGAAACUGGAUUUAAAAAUACUAAAUGGACAUUUAUUAGACUCAAUACCAUUGCUGCAAAUUGACUGGAAUUGCUAUUUCAGAAAGCAAGGGGUGUAUGCAGUAUGGGUUGGGUACGACUUGAU